CGAAACCUGCCGUUGUUUAUAGUCUUUUCCUCAACAAAUAACAAAGCUUUGCCCUAUAAAAUCUACCCCAUCAUUUCUUCACCCGCUCAUCUUCCAGUCUCUCAACCAUUUUCCUCUUUCCUCUUCUUCUCUUUACUCUUCUCCCUCUCUUCUCUCUUCUUCUUCUUCUUAUCAGAGACUCUUAAAGACCAGACCUUUUCUGAAUAGACCAAAUGGACUCUUCUGGACCUUCAAGGAGGCCUUGUUUCAUUGAAGAAGAUGAUGGAUUGGCUUCUCUCGCGGAUAUGGAAGCUGGGUAUUCGGGAAGCCAUUACCAUAGUCCUAAACAAAAUGGGUUUUUUUCAAGGCCUCUUUGUUACUCAAGGAGGAGUAGUUUGAGGAAUCUGUCUUCUUCUGUUUCUUCUCCAAGGUCUGCCAGGUUUUAUGAUGCCAGAUUUGAAGACCAUCAACCCCAUUUCUUGGAUGCUUGUUUCCUUUGCAAGAAGCCUCUUGGGGGUAACCGGGACAUCUUCAUGUACAGAGGGGACACACCUUUCUGUAGUGAAGACUGCAGACAAGAACAGAUAGAUGUAGAUGAAGCCAAGGAAAAGAACUGGAAUCUUUCUUCCUCAAUGAAAGCUUUGAGAAAGAAAGACCAAAGGAAAUCUACAUCUCCAACCGAAGCUCAAGACUACCCUUUCCGUGCAGGCACUGUUGCAGCUGCCUAAAAUUCCCUCACAAAGGAAAUAAAGAACAUAUCUACUAUAAUAUAAAUAGUUGAAACAUAAAAAAAAAAAGCAGACAAGAAAGAGGAAGACAUGGAGAUCCUUGAAGAAAAGGGCCAAGGAGAGAGGAGAGGAAGAAGAAGAAUCCUAUUUUGAGGGGUUUUUUGGGGGUUUUUUUUCCCUUUUUCCUUUUUUAAAAAUAUAUAUACAGUAAUAGUUUUAACUGUGAAUGUUAUGUAUAUGAGGAUGUGAGAUUGCCUGGAUCUACUCUAUGAUGUGGCUCUUUUUCGGGGUUUUUGUUUUUUUUGGUUAAUUAGAUUUGAUAUUUUUUCUUUUUCUUAAGAAAUGCUAAUGCAUCAAUGAAGAAUGAUGAGAAGGGAAAGUUUUUUGGGGCUCUUCUUGGUCUAUUUCUGUACUAAUUUCUUUUCUAUUUUCAGUAUUACUGAUGUUAAAUGAGAAUGACAUAAAUGGAACGAACUUUAAAAG